GCUUUGGAAUGAUGAAGAUAAAUACAACCCAACCUCUCUUCUCCCUUCUUCUCACCCUAUCCCUAUCUUUCUAGCUUUUCUUGUCCUAAAAAAAUUCCACCAUUUUUCUCUCUAAAUUCUUUAGCAGCUCAAAAUUUCCAAUAAUUUGUAGAAAAAUGAGUGACACUCAAGAACAUAUAAUAAUGCUUCCAUUUCUAGCACUUGGCCAUAUGAUUCCAUUCUUAGCCUUAGCCAAUAAAAUCCAAGAAAGAACUAACUACAAAAUUACUAUAGUUAGUACCCCUCUUAAUAUUAAAUAUCUUAGUUCCAACAGACAAAAUCCCAAUAAUAUUUCUUUGGUUUCACUUCCUUAUAAUAGUUUUGACCUUGGUUUACCACCAAAUACUGAGAAUACAGAAGCUUUGCCAUUAAAAGAUAUGGUGACAAUUUUCAAUUCUACAUUAUCUCUCAAAGAUCCACUUAAAAAGUUGAUUUUAGAGAUUAUUAAAAAAGAUGGUGGUGCUUAUGGUACAGCAGCUUAUGUAUCAUUAUGGCUAAAUUUACCUCAUUUAUUAGCAAUUAAUGGUGUUUUUAAAAUGCCAGGAUUUGAUGAAAAUUCUUGCAUUUUUAAUGUCUCUCAACUUCAUCCUUUUAUGAAAUUAGCAAAUGGUAAUGAUUCUUGGUCUAAGAUAUUGAAAUCUAUGUUAUUACCUUCUUUGGAUUCUUUAGGUUGGUUAUGUAAUAGUGUUGAGGAAAUUGAAUUUAUAGGUAUAAAAGCAAUCAAGAAUUUGACAAAACUUCCUGUUUGGUGUAUUGGACCUUUACUUCCACAAUGUAUGAUCAAGAAAGGAGAAAAAGAUCAAAUCUUGGAAUCAAGAAUUGCAAAAGAUCAUGGUUUGUCACCUGAAAAAUGCAUAGAAUGGUUAAAUAAACAUCCUAAAAAUUCUGUUCUUUACAUAUCUUUUGGUUCACAAAACACAAUUAGUACUUCACAAAUGAUGGCAUUAGCUUUGGGAUUAGAAGAUAGUGAAAAACCAUUUAUUUGGGUUGUUAGACCUCCUAUUGGAUUUGAUUUAAAAGGUGAGUUUAAAUCAGAAUGGUUGCCUCAAGGUUUUCAAGAAAGAGUGGAAAAAGGGAAUAAAGGUUUAAUUGUGAAAUCUUGGGCACCCCAAUUGCAAAUUUUGUGUCACGGUUCGACGGGUGCAUUUUUGACUCAUUGUGGAUGGAAUUCAGUAUUGGAAAGUUUAAGUGAAGGGGUGCCUAUAAUUAGUUGGCCUUUGGCUGGUGAACAAGCAUUUAAUUCAAAGAUGUUAAUGGAAGAAAUGGGGGUUUGUAUUGAGUUAACUAAAGGGGUAGAAAGUGUUAUUGAAAAAGAUGAUGUGAAGAAAGUGAUAGAUGUUGUUUUGAGUACAAGUGGAAAAGGGAAAGAAAUGAAGGAAAGGGCUAAUGAAAUUGGGAUUUCUAUUAGAGAAGCUGUUAAAGAAGAGGGGAAAUUUAAGGGUUCUUCUGUUAAAGCUAUGGAUGAUUUCAUAUCUACACUCCUUUGUACAAGAAAUUUGUCAUCUUAACAAAGAAUUUUGGAACCUUUUAAGGCUUUAACUAAGGGUCCAGUGGUGACAAAUGUUCCAUUAUGGUAUGUUUGGAUGGUUGUUACAUGUUGUAUUGUAUCGUAUUGUUACUUUAAAUAUAAUGUUUGUUUUGAUUGUUACUUAAAUUUUAUUGUAUCAUAUCGUUAAAUCCGUUGUUACGUAACGCCAAAAAGUGUCAUUUUUGUGUAACGACGGAUUAGGUGUGGUGACAUCGUUAUCUUUUUUUUUUUGUAAUUUUUUUUACGAACCGGAGUGACAAAGGGCUGAAUCUCAACGGAUCGUGGCAGAAAGGCCACUCUGCCCUACUUUAUUAUUAAAUGAUCAUAUUUUAUCCUUUAUUUUACCUUUUUAUAUAA